AAAGCCGUGUUUACUUCGUCAGCUCCACUUAGAUUUCUCUAUAUUACAAGUUUUUUAGUAGUUUUUGUUGUUUGGAGUAGUUUCGUUUGCUGUAAGUUUAAUAAGGUGAUGAAGUAAAAAAGAAAAUGUAGAGAGAUACCCGUGUUCGUCCGCUGCUGUUAUUUAUGAUGCGCGUGACACGAGCUGCUGUUCUGCUGCGGAGAAACUCGCUCACUGUCCGCUCAUAUUAGUAUUAAUAUCAGCACUGUUUAUAAUAUUCAUAAUCGUGAUGAGUGAAAUGAGGGAAGAGCAGCAGGUGGCUCGAGAGAGAAGCGGACACACCGCGGCGGCGGACGGACAGUAUCUAUAUGUCUGGGGCGGUUAUGUGUCAGUGGCAGAUCAUGAAGUCUUUCUUCCAAAUGACGAGCUCUGGUUGUACGACUUAGAAAGUGGGUUGUGGGAAAGGCGUGACAUGUGUGGGACGGUCCCUCCGUCUAUGUCCGGGACCUGCGGCUGCAUUGUGAAUGGACAGCUGUAUAUAUUCGGCGGUUGCUGUGAUGAUGGACAGACUAAUGAACACUACUCGGUCAAUCUGCAGGACGGGAAGUUCAGCUGGAGGAAAGUGGAGCAUCGGUCAGGAUCGCUGCCGUCGCCGCGAGAUAAACUGACCUGCUGGAUCCAUAAAAGAAGAAUCAUCUACUUUGGCGGAUACGGUCACAAACUGCUGAGUGAAAUCAACGAUCCAAAGAGCUUCAUUGUGGAUGAAGCAUCAUGGGCCGAGGACAUUUUCUGGGGAUGGAACAACGAAAUUCACGAGUUUGAUCCGGAAAUAAGCCGAUGGACUGAACCGCAGACCUUCGGACGAGCUCCGGCCCCACGAGCCGCUCACGCUAGCGCUACGAUCGGAAGCAAAGGUUACGUGUGUGGUGGAAGAAUAAGGGAAACAAGAACAAGUGACGUGUAUUGUCUGGAUUUUAAUUCAUGGACGUGGUCAGAAAUCGCGUCCUCCACCGCGGCGCCUUUAGGGCGCUCGUGGCACACGCUGACGGCGGUGUCGGACACGUCUCUCUUCCUGUUCGGUGGACUCAGCGUGGAUUGCAGACCCAUGAGUGAUGGUUGGAUAUUUAAUCUGGAGACACAAGGAUGGACGAGGAUGGAGCAUCAAAACAAGGACAAACCGCGGCUAUGGCACACCGCCUGUCAAGGAAGAGACUCGGAUGUCAUUGUGUUUGGAGGAAGUCACGAUUAUAUCCUUUUAGUGGACAAAGGCCAUUGCAACGACGCGCUCGUUUUCCAGACUCAGCCGUACCCGCUCAUACGAUUAUGUGAAGACUUCAUCGCAAGCCAUGCCAGUGUGUUUCAGUACCAGAUUCUGUGUUUACCACCAAAACUGAGAAACGCUGUGCAGAAAAGGACGAUUUUCUUCAGGCCGAGCAGGAAGUCACAGAACACAUUUAAAUCUGUGGAAUGAUUUGUGUAAAACAAAAUACUGUACAUCUAACAAAAAAGGUUCACUGCAGCUUUGUUUAAUAUUGUUAACACUGAGCAUUUUAAACCUUAUUUAUUUGACUGUUUUGUUUGUAAGCGCUGAAACAGGUCAUUCCUGUUAUCCGGUAACAUUUUGCCAUCAUACUUUUUGGGGGAAAAAAAAAAAAAAGUUAAGUUUUUCAUGUUUCUGUAAUUCUACCAAAGUUAUGACACGUUUAUCUUUUAGGAAUACAUAUUGGCCAAGCUCAGGCACUCAAAAAAUAAUUAUGGGUAGUUUGUUCAGACACUGGGUCUGAAAGUAUUCCACCCUGUCAUGAACAUAUACAUAGCUGUUACAAAAUGUUAAUAAUGUAAAUGUUAAACAAUAAUGAUCUUUUGGAUAGUAUAUGUCCUUUAUGCCAUACAAGAACAAAACUAUUAUUGAUGAGUAGAAUAUGCCUUGAUUACUAAGAACAGGUACUUUUUAAUGCACAUUUUUGCCAACAGGAUGGUAAAUAAAAAUUUGCUCCUCACCUCACAAAAUAAAACAAAAGUAUGCCAAAUA